CACCAUCCCAUUCCCACCCACACCAACCUGUGUAGACCCGUUCGAAAACGCUCCCAAAAAAAAGAAAGAAAGAAAGACCCCACAAGUUCCCAUCGCGCUGCCGGCGCCGCCACCGCACUAGCCGUUGCCGCUCCCCUUCCCUUCCGUUUCCCCUUCCCAAGGAGCCCGUCCUCGCACGCGCGCGGCGAAGAGGAGGCGGAUCCGGAGGCGCGGCCGCGAAGGUGACCAGAGAUGGCGUCGCGGACGGCGUCCAAGGACAUCAUCACGCUGCGGGGCUCCGCCGCCAUCGUCAGCGAGUUCUUCGGCUACGCGGCCAAUAGCAUCCUGUACAACCGCGCGGUGUACCCGGAGGAGAGCUUCACCAAGGUGAAGAAGUACGGGCUCACCAUGCUGCUCACGCAGGACGAGGGGGUGAAGACCUUCAUCGCCAGCCUAACCUCCCAGCUCUCAGAGUGGCUGGAGGCCGGGAAGCUGCAGCGGAUUGUGCUGGUGAUCAUGAGCAAGGCCACCAACGAGGUUCUCGAGCGCUGGAACUUCAACAUAGUGACCGACGCCGAGGUCGUCGAGAAGGGGGCGAUCAAGGAGAAAAGCGACAAGGAGAUCAUGCGGGAGAUCCAGGCCAUCAUGCGCCAGAUCGCGUCCUGCAUCACCUACCUCCCCUGCCUCGACGAGCCAUGCGUGUUCGACGUGCUGGCCUACACGGACACGGAUGUCGACGCCCCCGGCACCUGGGUCGAGAGCGACGCCAAGCUCAUCAGCAACCCACAGAUGGUUAAGCUGCACUCGUUCGACACCAAGAUUCAUAAGGUGGACUCGCUGGUCUCGUACAAGAAAGACGAGUGGGACGAGGAAGAAUGAAAAGUUUAGGAGCACGAUGCGUGGCGCGUGCUGGCGUGAAGACUGGCUUGGCGUGAAGGUUGUGUGAAUCUUUCAUUCACGUCUAGGCGCUGCGUUGGGAUGAAAGAAUGUAAAUGCCAUUCUUGCGUAUUCCCUGAAAUCUCUGAACCUCUGGAAACAAUGUAAUUCUGGGGAUGAAACUUCCCUCUAGCGAAUGACCAUGUGUUAUCUUCCAUAUGCUGUUUUACUUACAUCACUCGUCGCUAACAAGCACUGGUGAGGUAGUCAACUGAGAAAACAAGAACAUUGUAGCUGGAUCCAGGUCCUGAUGAACCGUA